GAGCUUACUCGCAGCAUGUCAGUCAUCUUCGCCCCUGACUGGCUUCGUGGCAAGGCUAAGGUCAACCGAGAGACCAUCCAGCGGCUCCUGGAGGAGAAUGACCAGCUGAUCCGCUGUAUCGUGGAGUAUCAGAACAAGGGCCGAGCGAACGAGUGCGUCCAGUACCAGCAUGUGUUGCACAGAAACCUCAUUUACCUAGCGACCAUCGCAGAUGCCAACACAAGCAGCCUCACGAAGGCAGUGGAGUAACUCCAGGAGGCUGUUGCCAGGACCAACUGAAGGGGACACAUCUUCUGUGAAAUAGAGACACAGUUGUCAGGAACUGACCCGCUUAGAACACGGGCGAAACGGCUGUGAUUCGUUUGGACUCUGAAGAAAGUUGCUACUAACUCUACUAUAUCUUAGUGUAAAUAUUUUAGUAAUAAAACAGAUCCCAGGGUAGAAC